AUGACUAUUACCCUGCCAGCUUUUGAUAUUCAGCUGUUUGAGUGUCAUGGUAAUGCGGAAUCAAGGAAAGAUCGCGUGCUUCUUUUUUCAGAUCAACGGCGUCUAUUGAUCUCCAAGAAGCGAGUGACCGUGCUUCAGGGAACGGUCUUAUCCAAGAAGCUAGUAUAUGAGGAGAAUGUGAUAGCAGCAACAUAUACCACAUUUCGACCUAGCCGCCAAAAGCUGGAAUACUCGAGCUCAAUUGAUGAGGUAGAAGCAUUGGCUGUCUGCCUAGCCAAAUCUGCUUAUAUCUACUAUCCUGGGGGCCAGUACUAUGUGGUGAGUUUCCCAUUUACCCUCAAGCGAGCCUAUCCUUUUGAAGCAGGUUUAAUUUUGGAACGUGAGCAGGAUUCCUUGUCCAGACUACCGACCUCAAGUCAAUACCAUAGUUCACGAUUUUUCACGCUUGUCGACCCGAUCGGUGACUUUCGAGUAGUUACAACCUCGUCCACAUCGGUGGUAAACUCACACGAGAACCUUGUUUACUUUCCUAGACUGGGGAUCAACAAGUCAAAGUCAUUAUGUGCAACUUUCAACCAGAGAAACGGCACGCUAUCUGUUUACCAUAUCAAAGCAUCUUCCAGAAAUGCUGUUGUUGGAGGGUCGGGCGUUAGGAAGCGUAAAUCUCAUGCUUUAUCGACUCCAAAUCCUUCCAAGAAGUUGGAGGAUGACAUUUUGCAUGAUUUUAAUAAUCCUUUUACCGGGUCAAUAUCGCAGAACAUGGAGAAGAAACGAACAAGCACGCUUCUCUCGGGAGUAUCAUCCAUUGGAAGAAUGGGCUCUGAAUCAGGCUUCGCUGAAGCUGGAAAGGCUACAGGUACCGUAGAGUUGUCAGGCCUACGGAAGGACAUGAUUUUGACGAAGGUCGACUCCUUCACCGUGAAUGCAAAGAGAGAUCAUCUUUCGACGGCAGGUUUACAUUAUCAGGGUGAAGAAGCCAUUGUUGUAUCUAACAAGGCGUCGAAAGAAACACAGAUUUUCAUUUUCAAACUGCAGAAUGCGUACAUUUCCCAACAUGAAUCGUCCACCACAAUCCAAUGCCUACAUGCCAUUCCGUUGGAACACACUAGGUUUCCAGGUUGGCUUCUAAUACUCAAAGAUGACAAGUCAUUACAAAUGUUUCAUCCCUUUUUGGACAUUACUGCUCCUGCUAUUGAUCUUUCGGGCAACUAUCCUGCUAUUUCGGGACUAAGUAGCUCUUACGAUAAUUCAGUCUCUCUCAUUGCUCAAAGUGGAGAAUCGCAUAUUAUACGGCUUAUAUUGGAGCCAAAGAAUGAAUUUGUUGGAAUUUGUCUUGAUAUUUGGAGGUAUUUAUCAGGUUCGAAGAUUAAUGAGCAUGUCUGGGUUUUCUGGCGUUCUGCCUUGGUCCUUGAUAAGGAUUUGGAUGAGUGGAGAGCAUAUGUUAUCGUGAUUCUUUCGUUGGUCUUUCCAUUUGAUGGUAGUGAAAGUGAUGUAACUAUUAAUGGCAUCACCGAGCUCCUUCCCUUGGCCAAGAAGCACCAUGAGUAUUUUGAUUUUGAUUACUCACUCCAAGAGCUUCUUCCAUACAUAGUUGUUGCCCUCCAUUUGAUUUACGAAGAGACUAAACUAGAUACUCUUGCGAAGAAAAAUUUGGACCGGUUGGGGUUGCUCUUGACACAGCUUACGACAUGGAUGGGCUGGCUGGACCAGUGGACUACCUUCUACAUGGUAGACAACAGCAUAAUUGACAGGGCAACAAAACUUUUGCUGACUAUACUUCUUUACUCCCCUCCGAAUCUUUUCGAGAGUCUUGUUUCCAUCUUUGAAAACAAGAGAUCACGUUAUCCAAAAUUUUCCCAACUUGUGGAGGAAGGAGAUAGUGUCAACAUGAUGAUGACACCUAGAACACAUAUUGUCCUUGAAAUUUUUGAGAUCCUUGUUUCGCAUGAACCCGCUAAGGCUAUUGUGAAAGCUUUGGCGACGUAUGGCAUUACAUCCAAUGAUUUGGAGACUUUUCCGCUAGGUAUCAGCAUGCCUAUCAAGGAGUGUCUCCUUCAAUGUCAGCUGGAUCCAGAUUUAUCAUGGGAUAUUGAUAUACUUAAGCUUAUCGGCAGAAGUGACUUGAUAAUGACUGCAGAAGAUCAAUCGGAUCCUCUUUAUCAUAAUAGCAACGGGCCGUUAAGUUCCAAGAACCUUAUGUCCAACGAACUUAAAAGCUCUCUGGCAAUCAUUUCAGAUUUGCUUGAGCCACUGAAGAAGAAAGAGGACCCAUCGCUGUCAAACGCAGAACGAACACAGAUCACAGACUUGAUUUUUGACCAUGAUCGAAGGUUUUACGAGAUACUCAACCUUCUUAAUCAAACUAAAGUACAAAGUACAACUUUGGCUGUGGAUGAAGGCAUGACAGAAUACGACUCCACUCUUCUCAAAAGAGAAGUGGCUUCUUUGGUUGCCCUUCGUACAUUGACACUCCCCUUGGGAAGAGCAGCCUUAUUUUACGAGGAGAAUCAACCAAUGUUUACUGAGAAGUUCCCUAUCCCAGAUCUUAAUUUGAGCACGAUUAUUGCGCCCUCCAUGUCUACUAUUGUACUCAGCAAGGAGCUGAUUUCUCCCAAAAUUUUUGAUUGGGGUUCUUUUCAUAAUGGUGCAUCAUCUGGCCUCAGCAUUAGUCGUAACUGUGAAGGCAUUACUGGAAGUUGGGCCUUUUACAAUAAACCGGCCGAGAACUUCGCACAACACGCUGGUUUCUUGCUUGGUUUAGGUUUGAAUGGUCAUUUGAAGAAAUUGGAAGAAUGGCAUAUUUACAAUUACCUUGGCCCCAAACACCCAUUGACUAGUAUCGGGCUCUUGAUAGGUAUGGCAGCAAGUUUGAAGGGUACAAUGGAUAACAAGCUCACAAAAGUGCUUUCGGUGCAUGCCGUUGCCCUCUUGCCACAAGGAGCCAAUGACUUGAACGUCCCAAAUACUGUUCAGUCCGCUGGUUUGAUUGGUAUUGGUCUUCUAUAUCUCGAAACACAGCACAGGAGAAUGAGUGACAUAUUACUAUCUCAAGUGAGUGGAACAGUCUCACAUAUAGAGCAUGAUGAAGAGUUCGAAGGAUAUAUGCUUGCUGCCGGUUUGGCUCUCGGCUUCGUUAAUUUGGGAAAAGGUGAUGAUUUGAGAGGAGUGAAUGAUACACAUGUGGUGGAUAAACUUCUUUCCAUCUCCACGUCGAUGAGAGACUCUCAGUCAGAGCUUGAGUCUGAUAAAUCUGGCUCAGCUGCUAUCAUGGCACUAGCUUUCAUGUACAUGCGGACAGAAAACCGGAUAAUUGCUGACAAACUAGAAGUUCCAAGCUCUGAGCACCUUCUUGAUUACGUCAGACCGGAUCUUCUUUUGCUCAGAACAGUUGCAAAGAAUUUAAUCAUGUGGAAUCAAAUACGGGCUACUACUCAAUGGGUCGAUUCCCAAAUACCAGAAGUGUUACGAGCUAAGCACAAAUACAGCAGCCUCGAAACACUUGAUAGUGACCAGGUCGGCUACUAUAACAUAUUAGCGGGUGCCUGUUUGUCUAUCACCUUGAAAUACGCGUCUUCCCAAAACCUUAGCGCCCGAACUACGCUUCUUGGUUUCCUUGAUUCAUUUAUGACGAUAACAGAAUCUUCGGCUGCUAACUAUGACGAACAAGUCGCUUUGAAUUCAAUAGCUGUUGCUGUGGUAAUGGCCGGUAGCGGUGAUUUGGAAGUUUUCAGACGCUUGAGAGUCCUUCACGGUCGAAUCAACAAAACUCACCAAUACGGCAAUCACAUGGCGGUGAACAUGGCACUUGGAUUCUUGUUUCUUGGUGGUGGCCAGUACGCCUUUUCUGACACCAACUUUGCUAUCGCAUGCUUAUUCACGUCGUUGUAUCCGGUGUUCCCAGCUGAAUCUAAUGAAUUUGAGGUCCAUCUCCAAGCGUUGCGUCAUUUCUGGGCCUUAUCAGUGGAGCCUAAGUGUCUUAUCAUUCGUGAUGUGGCAGACGGAAGUCCCGUCAAAAUCCCAGUGACCAUCGUGAUGAAGGACGGAUCCAAAAGAGAAAGCACAGCCCCUCAACUACUUCCUAGACUUGAAGCCAUUGCAUCGAUUGAAGUGAAAGCGCCUGAAUAUUUCAACGUGAAAAUAGAUUUCCUGGUUCCUUCUGAGUACAUGACGCAAUUCCGGAAGUCCCUUACAAUCUUCGUCUACAAGAAAUGUAACUACGAGCUUCUCAAGACGACAGUGAACACGCUUUUGAAGAAUGAAAGUAAAGCCUUGCAAAUCGCCAACAAGGAGGUAACCGUCAACCGGGACCUUGCAGGUCUCCUCGACAUACUGCUUUUAAGCUCGCUUACGCUGUUUGAAAAACAAAUCUACCUUUACGAGAGCAGCGACAAUGUCCAGCAUAACGACACCAAUGCAUUUGAGUCUGGACUCAGCAUGUUCAACAUGAUAGCCAAUAAGAUAGACCUCCAUCUCAUGGCCACACAACCCAAAGACGUGCAAGAUCUCCUCAGUCUCAAGCUCCUCUUUGCAUACACGGACCAUGUGCUUGAGGACGAUAUGCACUUUGUCAGUCUCCAAUUCGUUGAGCAGCUCAAGCAGCAGCUUUGGGAAGUCCUGGCUGCGAGCGCACAGAAUGUCAACGCACAAAGUGUUUAG